CAAAGAUAGUCAAACGUUCUGAGACACUAAACAAAACCUAUGACACUGCUCCUCUAGAAUCUUCUGCAGUCAAGAUGAACAGGUAAGUUAUCACUGCAAGUUCUUCAUUAGGAAUUAAAUGUAGUCUAAAGCCACACUUGUUUUAAAUGGGCAAUCAACAGUUGAAACAAUAACAAAGUGAUCUCACCGCCCCUGUUUCGGUAAAAAGCUGAGGAUGGGGCUGGAGAAAUGUAACCAAUCUCAAAUUCAUAGACAGAGCUAUGGAUGGAAGGACUGACCAUCCAUGAUAUCAACAUUUUAAUUUUAACCAUGUUUUGAGGCUAUAUAAUAUUUGUUUACAUUUACUUUGUUUACAAACAUUGGAGUAAAACAAGCUUAUAUUUUGGGUUCUGAUGAGAUACGACAGUUGAACUAAGCUCAUGAGGCAUUUAUAAGUAAUAUUUUUUCAAAGAUCUAUGGGUACAUAUAAUUAAUGUAUAAGUCCAAAAAUGUACGUAGCAACUUCAGAUUGCCCCUUUAAAGUGCAUAAAUAUGACAGAGUGGACCACCAACAAAAACAUCAACAAUGGAGCAAAUGCAUCCCAUGAUGACAUUUUAACAUGCAGUGCUCAAGGAAUGGCAUUCCUUGAAAGCAACAUAACUUUGAUGAUUUUAAGUUUUACAUAAUUUGUUUACAAAAUCUCCAAUGACAACAAAAAACAUAAACAAUAGAGUAAUUGGUCCAUUGUUUUGGUUAUGAUAUAGUAAGGCAGUUUUACUAAUCUUAUGAAGGUAUAAAUCAUAUUCUUAUAAAUCAAGUUGUAUACGUCAUUAGCUGAAAUUGCUGUAAAUCUUACAGACUGAGCAUUGAAUGUUUUCAUCUCACUUUGGUACACAGUGCAUAUUGUGUAUCUGUCUUCAUCUUCCUGCUUCCUGUAUCUCUGAGCGUGGAAAUGACAGGGUUGUUUGGCAGCUUCACUUCCCCCAACUUCCCUCACCCAUACCCUAACAACCACCACACAGUGUGGAACAUCUCCGUCCCAGAAAGCCACAGGGUUAAACUCUACUUCACCUACUUCAGUCUGGAACCCUCCCACCACUGUGAAUACGAUUAUAUUCAGGUAAACACUGUCCUGAGCAGUGGAGGCUCGUGGAGGGAGAAAUGGGGAGGACAGGUCUCAUUCUAAUGGCUACAAUGGAAUGAACGGUAUUAAACACAUGCAAAUGAAAGUUAUGCAUUCAUAAAUGAUAAUUUAUCUAUAAUAAGAAGUUGUGUUCAUAGAUUAUUAUUAUUUUUGCAUAUGUUUGCUAUCGUUACAUUUAUUACAAUGUGCUCUUUCUCCCCAUUUCUCCAUCCGCCAGCCUCCACUGAUCCUGAGAACCACCCUCAAGAACUGCAUGCACUCAUUAACUUGUUAGAAAUCUGUCUGUGCUCUUGUUGAACUAGGUGUUUGCAGAGGCCAAUGAGACAUUGCGUUUCUGUGGCGAAGGGGAAAAAGAGUAUGAAGACGCCCCCAGGAACACAGUUAUCCUGUCGGCUGGGAACAUCAUGUCGGUAGUCUUCAGAAGUGACUACUCCAACGAGGGGCGUUUCACUGGCUUUCAAGCAUUUUACACCUCAGAAGGUGAAGGAGAAUUUUAUUUUACCAUUAUUUUAACAGGGAGUCCCAUUGAGACCAAGAUCUCUUCCACAAGGGAGCCCUGCAUGAACACAAUUAACAAAAUACAAUAAAAUUCAAAUAUACAAAAUUACAAACACACUGAAGUAAAACAAUCACAUUCCUCAGCAAAGAGGUUCACAAUCAACAUGUUGAACAUGUUGUGGUCCUCUGUAGCUCAAUUGGUAGAGCAUGGCGCUUGUAACGCCAGGGUAGUGGGUUCGAUCCACGGGACCACCCAUACGUAAAAAUGUAUGCACACAUGACUGUAAGUCGCUUUGAAUAAAAGCGUCUGCUAAAUGGCAUUUUAUUAUUAUUAUUAUUAUUAUUAUAGGGAACUCUGUAGAUUGUUCCAUACAUGGGGUGCAAAGAAACAAAAAGCUGUUUUACAUAACUCUGAGGAAACCGAAGGAAUUUCUAGAGUUAGCCAUCCCUGAGACCGGGUACGGUAACUCGUAUGUAUAAAGGUUAUUAAUGAUGUUAGGUACUGCGGGAGUUUUUAUAAAAGAGCUUUAUAAAGAAAAAGAGAGCAGUGAAUCAAUCGACCUAUGAGACUUAAAAGAGGGCCAGCUUACUUUCUGGAAAAUAAUGCAGUGAUGUGUAUUGAACCGGUCAGCCGUAAUAGAGCUCAGCGUGCUAUGAUAAACUGCAUCUAACGGCUUUAAUGUGGCAGCUGCAUUCAUAUACAGUGCUUUCAGAAAGUAUUCACACCUCUUGACUUUUUUCACAAUUUGUUGUGUUACAGCCUGAAUUUAAAAUGGAUUACAUUUAGAUUGUUUUUGUCACUGACCUACACAUAAUACCCAAAUGUUAAAGUGUAACUGUGUUUUUUGAAAAAUUUACAAAUUAAUUAAACAUGAAAAGCUGAAUUGUCUUGAGUCAAUAAGUAUUCAACCACUUUGUUAUGGCAAACUUUAAAAAGUUCAGGAGUAAAAAUGUGCUUAACAAGUUACAUAAGUUACAUGGACUCACUCUGUGUGCAAUAGUCGAGCAGUGAAUUUCAAAAACAGAUUCAACCACAAAGACCAGGGAGGUUUUCCAAUGCCUCGCAAAAAUGGGCACCUAUUGGUAGAUGGGUAAAAAAAAAUAGUAGACAUUGAAAUCCCUUUGAGCAUGGUGAAGUUAUUAAUUACACUUUGGAUGGUGUAUCAAUACACCCAGUCACUAUAAAGAUACAGGCGUCCUUCCUAACUCAGUUACCGGAGAGGAAGGAAACCGCUCAGGGAUUUCACCAUGAGGCCAAUGGUGACUUUAAAACAGUUAGAGUUUAAUGGCUGUUAUAGGAGAAAACUGAAGAUGGAUCAACAACAUUGUAGUUACUCCACAAUACUAACCUAAUUAAAAGAGUGAAAAGAAGGAAGCCUGUACAGAAUAUAAAUAUUCCAAAACAUGCAUCCUGUUUGCAACAAUGCACUAAAGUAAUACUGUAAAAAAUGUGGCACAGCAAUUAACCUUUUGUCCUGAAUGCUACAUUUUAUGUUUGGGGCAAAUCCAAUACAACACAUUACUGAGUACCACUUUCCAUAUUUUCAAGCAUAGUGGUGGCUGCAUCAUGUUAUGGGUACGCUUGUAAUCGUUAAGCACUGGGCAGUUUUUCAGGAUAAAAAAGAAACAGAAUGGAGCUAAGCACAGGCAAAAUCUUAGAGGAAAACCUGGUUCAGUCUGCUUUCCACCAGACACUGGGAGAUGAAUUCACCUUUCAGCAGGACAAUAACCUAAAACACAAGGCAAAAUCUACACUGGAGUUGCUUACCAAGAAGACGAGAUAAAAUUAUGAUUAAAAGCAUCACUUAUCUCAUUCUUUUCAGUAAUGAUGCCAGAGUUAGACAUAACUUGCUUAGGCAGGGAAGAAGAGGAAUUUGUACACUUCAGUGAAUUCCCAAAAUGUAGAAGGAUCACCAGCAGAGUCAGAGAUAGAGCUUAAAAAGUAGCUGGAUUUAGCUUUCUUAGUCGAGAUAAUACAUCUGUUUCUAAAUUGUCUGAAAGAUUGCUAAUCUGUUAGAGUCAGUUUUCCUUGCUUUUGCCUAAGCCUGGUUCCUCAUCUGAAUAAACUCAGAAAGAUCAGAGGAAUACCAAGGAUUUGAUCUGUUCUUGACUAUAUUCUUUAAAAGGUGUGUGUUUAUCCACCAAAGGAAUAAAGAUAGAGGGCUAGCUCUGGGUCAGGAAUACAGGAGACUGGAUAACUCACAUUGGGAUCAUUCAUGCACAACCCUUGGGAAACAAUAUAUAUAAAAAAAAUGUAUCUUCUUUAGUAGACGAAUGUUGACAAUGGUGCUGUCAGACCAUUGCUGUUGGGGGCAGACUACAGAAGGUAGUUCUAUACAGAGAACCCCAAAUCACGACUCCUCAGAAAUUUCCACCACACCAACCAACUAGCAAUAUAAACCAGUAGGUAUAAUGAUCCCAGAAUACCCAAGUCAGUAGGGGAAUUAGGACAAAAAGGCCCCUGACCCAAGAUGACUGGUCAGACUCUAUUGCCUAUAUUGCAGUACUUAAUCGUCCUGCUUCGGACCAAAAUAAAUGUGCCUAUGAAUGUGCAAUAUAAAUGACUACUUCUGAAAAAUAAUUUACAGUACCAGUCAAAGGUUUGGACACACCUACUCAGUCAAGGGUUUUUCUUUAAUUUUACUAUUUUCUACAUUGUAGAAUAAUAGUGAAGACAUCAAAACUAACACAUAUGGAAUCAUGUAGUAACCAGAAAAGUGUUAAACAAAUCAAAAUAUAUUUUCUAUUUAAGAUUCUUCAAAUAGCCACCCUUUUCCUUGAUGACAGCUAUGCACACUCUUGGCAUUCUCUAAACCAGUUUCACCUGGAAUGCUUUUCCAACAGUCACCUGGAAUGCUUGAUUCACACAGUCCCCUCUGAACAGUUGAUGUUGAGAUGUGUCUGUGACUUGAACUCUGUGAAGCAUUUAUUUGGGCAGCAAUUUCUGAGGCUGGUAACUUUAAUGAACGUAUCCUCUACAGCAGAGGUAACUCUGGGUCUUCCAUUCCUGUGGCGGUCCUCAUGAGAGCCAGUUUCAUCAUAGCGCUUGACGGUUUUUGCGACUGCACUUGAAGAAACUUUCAAAGUUCUUGAAAUGUUCCGUAUUGACUGACCUUCAUGUCUUAAAGUAAUGAUGGACUGUCGUUUCACUUCGCUUAUUUGAGCUGUUCUUGCCAUAAUACUUGGUAUUUUACCAAAUAGGGCUAUCUUCUGUAUACUAACCCUACCUUGUCACAAGAAACUGGUUGAGAGAAUGCCAAGAGUGUGCAUAGCUGUCAUCAAGGAAAAGGGUGGCUACUUUGAAGAAUAUAAAAUAUCAAAUGUAUUUAGAUUUGUUUAACACUUUUUUGGUUACUACAUGAUUCCAUAUGUGUUAUUUCAUAGUUUCGAUGUCUUCACUAUUAUUCUACAAUGUAAAAAAUAGUAAAAAUAAAGACCAUUGAAUGAGUAGGUGUGUCCAAACUUUUGACUGGUAGUGUAUGAAUUUCACUUUACUUGUUUCUAUACUUGUAUAAUCUAUACACUAAUAAUUAUGUUUAUUCUAAAACUGCUUGUAAAUCCCUUAAUUAUCAAUUAUACAUAAUUAUGUAUAACUGAAGUGUUAUCAAUGCAUCCUCAAUGAACUGGAACCCAUCUUUGAAUGUAGUUUUGUAUCUACAACCCAAAUGUAACAUUAUUCUUGUAGGUCUAUAUUAACUGGCUUCUCUCUCCCUGUUCACAGACAUCAAUGAGUGCCUCAGCACGGUAGAUGGGGAGUCUGUGUGUGACCAUUAUUGUCACAAUUAUGUUGGUGGCUAUUACUGCACUUGCAGGUUGGGAUACCUGCUCCAUGACAACAAAAGGUCCUGCACUGGUAAGGGUGAUUUAAACUAGACAAAAAACAGGAAAUACCAUGGUGCUUUUAUAAUGGAAUGAGGGAGUAUUAUUCAUACAAUUUGAUUUGUUGGUCUAAUACUGAUGGCAGUGUUUGUGAGCCUAUGGGCCUACAUAGUUUAUGCUACAUUUUUGAUUAAUUCAUUUUACAAAUGUAAUGCUUUUCUCUCAGCUUGGAUUGGUUUCAAACAUGAAUACAUGUAUAUAUUCAUGAAUUAUACAAAGAGAUAGCACAUUUAAUGAGAAUUGGCUUUAGACCAUUACACAGCUAAAAGGCUUUCCUAUCCAUACCACUUAGUGGUUCUCCAUGGUUUCUGAAUACAGCACAAAGAAACUGAGGGGAAAUAUCUCUUCACCAGAAAACAGAAAAACAAUAUUGAAUGUAUUUUGUACUUUCUGAAUGCUAAUAGGUUAAAGAACAGAAAAAUGGGAGUGCACCUGAGGAUAGUCAUUUGACUGUCAAUUUGUCCUUCACUUAUCCCAUGAAUACCGAACAGACUUUAUGUCCAUCUCUAAAUAUAAUUUACAGCACUUUCAGAGCAGGACACACUGCUGCCACGUGUUUGAAAUAAGUAAGCACACAGCAGCUCAUUACAGCAUAGUGGAGUGAUUACAAAGUAAUUUCAGAGUGAAGAAGCAGAGCUGUAGAAAGUAGUUGAUCUCUGCCAGCUGGCGCAAGGCUAGGUUAAUUACUAGAGAUUCCUAAGGGAAAAGCUCCCUGGAAAAGGCAUAGAAAAUUGAUACCUGUUUGCAACACUAAUAGCGCACUGAUGCUAGGUAAUUAAUCACAAUUACCGACGUGGACGUGCCUUAAAUUGUUAUUCUUAGCCAGAGGAUAAAAUGACACCACAUAUCAGGAGAUGAAUAGACAAAAACGAUUAUCCGCUUUCAAAUUUCUCUAAUUAUAUAAAUUACAGCAACUCUGCCUCUUUGAGAUAUUGAUUUGUUGUUGUCUAUUACAACAUCUGUGUACUUACUAGAGUAAUAAUUCAGUUUAAAUGAGCCCAAUUGCUUAUGCCAGAAGGAUAUUGAAAUCCACUAAAAUAUAAUAAGGGCAAAGCUACUCAAUGUUUUUGCACUUACUAUCCAUUUUAUAUAAAUAGGCUAUAUAUUUUAUAAGUGCUUCAAACAAUGAGAACAAACUGCUUGAAAAUAAACAAAUUAAUACAAACACUUUGAUUUUCUCUGUGUCUUUUCCUCUGUAGUGCCUUGCAGUGGUCAGGUGCUGACAGAGAGGUCAGGAGAGUUGACCAGCCCGGGAUACCCCAGUCCAUACCCCAGAAUGAGUCAUUGUAACUACACCAUCCUCCUACCAGAGGGGUUCAGAGUUGUACUGGAAUUCCAGGAACCAUUUGACGUAGAGAGCCACCCGAAUGUCCCCUGUCCAUACGAUGUCUUGAAGGUCAGUCGGUGCAUACUAGCGUAGGGCCAUCCUUUAAAACGAACCAAUCAAAGACACAAGGGCUGAUGAAUACACAAUAUAUUCCUACUCAUGCUCUAGAAGCAACUUGUCUUUGUCUGCUGUCCCCCCUUGGAAGAUGCAUGGCCUUGCAGUUCCUGACUAGGUUUUCCUUCUCUUCAAAGAUCUCGACCGAAGGACAAGAGUACGGACCGUUCUGCGGAGCGUCUCCACCUGGCAAGAUAGACACAGGCAGUUACCAAGUACACGUCUCAUUCAGGUCGGACCUCUCAGGGAAAAACAAGGGAUGGAAGAUUAAGUAUACCAGCUUGGGAGUUCAAAAAGCAUAGUAGAACUUAAAUAUUAAAACAUAUCACAUGCUAUGCCAA